GUCUCGAUUUGCACGAGUAGAGUCGCCGUCCUUUCUCCUCCUCCUCUCCGGACUAGACUCCGGCGAAACCAUCUUUUUUUUUUACUCGACUCCACUCGAUUCGACUCGACUUGGCUUGACUUGACUUGCUCCACCACUUCCUUAAUGGCUUAUUAAUCGAUUCGUCUCCUCUUAAUGGCGGGCGAUGCCACCUUAGCGAGCUAAGCAUCAUCAGAUCUGAGCUGAGCUCAGGCCGAAUCGAGGAGGAACAAGAGAAGAGGAGCUUCCGUUCCAUGGGGAGCUACGCGUACAAGUACUGCAUGUGCUUCACGCGCAAGUUCCGAUCCCCCGACGCCCAGCCGCCGCCCGACGUCCGCGCCGCCCACCACUCCGCCUGUUCUUCUUCUUCUGACGCUCCCCAUGGCCUCCGCCGCUUCCUCUCCCAAGCCCAGGGCGAAUCACCCGCCGAUGUCGAGCGCAUCCUCGCCAUGCUCACAGGGGGAGGGGGCAAUGGGAUCGCCCGCCUCGUCACCAGGUCCCCUGCUCCCUUGCCGCCCACGCUCGACGACUUCUUCGGAUUCCUCUUCUCCCCCGACCUCAACCCGCCCAUCGCACACCAGGCUCACCAGGACAUGUCAGACCCAUUCUCUCAUUAUUUUGUAUUCACUGGACAUAAUUCCUACCUAACUGGGAACCAGCUCAAUAGUGACUCCAGUGACAUUCCAAUUAUAAAAGCAUUGCAGACAGGCGUUAGAGUGAUUGAACUCGAUAUGUGGCCUAAUUCUUCAAAGAACAACGUCGAUAUUCUUCAUGGAGGGACAUUGACUGCACCUGUAGAAAUGAUCAGAUGUUUAGAAUCCAUUAAAGAAUAUGCUUUUUGUGCAUCUACAUAUCCUCUUGUCAUUACUCUAGAGGAUCACCUCACACCAGACCUCCAAGCCAAAGUAGCUGAGAUGCUCACUGAAACAUUUGGAGAUCUUCUUUUCAUCCCUAGUUCAGACCCAAUGAAAGGGUUUCCUUCUCCUGAAGCUCUAAUGAAGAGAAUAAUCAUCUCAACUAAACCCCCGCAAGAAUACAAAGAGUUUCUUAAAGCUAAGAAUAAUCAGAAUGCCAGUGGAAACAUAGCUAAUUUGGCAGAGGAAGGAAGCAUGAGAAGAAUGGAUUCAAAUGCUGAAGAAUCUGAUGGAAAGGAUGAACUGGAUGAGCAAGAUGACGAAGAUUCCGAAGAGGAUGAUCCCAAAUUUCAGCAGGACACUGCCUGUGAGUAUAGAAAACUGAUCACCAUCCAUGCUGGCAAACCAAAAGGCCAUUUGAGGGAUGCGCUUAAGGUGGAUCCUGACAAAGUCAGGCGGCUUUCUUUGAGCGAGACACAGUUAGCUAAAGCUACAUCUUCUCAUGGUGCUGAUGUAAUAAGGUUCACCCAGAAGAAUAUACUCAGGGUGUAUCCAAAGGGCACAAGGGUUAAUUCUUCUAACUAUGACCCCAUGAAUGCCUGGACUCAUGGUGCUCAGAUGGUUGCAUUCAACAUGCAGGGGCAUGACAAAGCACUCCGGUUGAUGCAAGGAUUUUUUAGAGCCAAUGGGGGCUGUGGGUAUGUUAAAAAACCUGACUUCUUGCUGACAUCAGGUCCGAAUGGUGAAGUAUUUGACCCUAAAGCUAGUUUGCCAGUGAAGAAAACUCUGAAGGUAAAAGUAUAUAUGGGAGAUGGGUGGCGCAUGGAUUUCAGUAAAACUCAUUUCGACACCUUUUCGCCUCCAGAUUUCUAUACCAGGGUAGGGAUCGCUGGAGUGAAGGCAGACAGUGUGAUGAAGAAGACAAGGACGAUCGAAGAUCAGUGGGUGCCGAUGUGGGACGAGGAGUUCACGUUCCCGCUGACGGUGCCAGAGCUGGCCCUGCUGAGGAUCGAGGUGCAGGAGUACGACUUGUCUGAGAAGCACGACUUCGGCGGGCAGACAUGCCUGCCGGUGUGGGAGCUGAAGCAGGGCAUCCGCGCUGUGCCCCUGCAUGAUCGCAAGGGCAACAGGUACAAGUCCGUCCGGCUCCUCAUGCGGUUCGAUUUUGUCUAGUAGCCCCUUGCAUUGCGCCACAGUCUGUUAGUCUGUCAGUCAGAGAUUGCAUCUCUCUCUCUCUCUAUCUUUUGCAUCUAGUGUGGUUUUGUAAAGGAAAAGUUAUGUGUUAGUAUUAGUACACUCUCAUCGAUCUCCAUUCCGUCUGAUUGGACUAUAUAUAUCGUAUCGUGGCUCACUUCCAUCU